UCAGUUAAAGUCAUUCUCUUUGCACGCAAUACAACGCCUCCUCUCUCUUUAUUUUGUUCUCUCAAAGAGAAUUGAAACGUUUUUUUCAGCUUGAAAUUGAAAUUAUUCAUCAAUCAAUUUUAUUUUUAUUCAUUUGAAUUCAGUUUAGUCCAGUUCAAAUUCUUCAUCAUAUUUCAAUCAAAUCAGGUAGUUGUUUAUGAUGCAGAGACAAGAAUGAGUUACUGGAGAUAAAGUAGAAAGAAAAUAAUGGGAGGUUGCUGUUGCUGUUCUUCUAAGGGAACUGAGAUUAAUAGUGCACCUGCUUAUUAUUAUUAUCCCAGAGCGGCAGAAGAACAUCUCCCGCUAUCAUCUCGCCAGAGUGCUGUCGGCUUCCUGUCGAGAGGACUCUUGGUUGAUACAAAUCUCGACACUUCAGUCCCUGAUGCAUAUAGGCCACCACCUCCUCCUAUCCCAUUUGAUGUGGUUAUAGGACAUCCCCAGAUUCCGCAAGGGGAUCAGGAAAGUUCCAGUCUAAAAAAUGAUCGAACAGCGGAAACAACAAAUUCUGGUUCUGUUCAAGAAACAGCUGACAUCAAUACUCGAGUAACUUCAGUUAAGUGUGAGGAUAUGAAGGAGUCAGACACCAAGGCACAAACUAAGUUAGAACUUUAUUCAGAAAAGGAGCUAGGAGUUGAGGUCUCAAAGCCGGUUGAAUCUCUUGUUUCUGCAACAGAGGAGGAGGAUUGCUGUCCCACCUGUCUGGAAGAAUAUGAUGCAGAGAAUCCAAAAAUUACCACAUUAUGCGAGCACCAUUUUCACCUAUCAUGCAUUCUUGAAUGGAUGGAAAGAAGUGACAAUUGUCCCGUUUGUGAUAAGGAAAUGAUAAUUGACCCUCCCAUUUAGCGGUUAAGCAGAAACGUCAACCUUGGUCAAGUUCUUAGCUGUUUGAAUUUAAGUAUGAGAUGCAAAAUUUAGAAAUCCACCGUCUUUUAAGUUCUUUUGCAUACACAGUUCUGUGGUCGCCACAGAUUUAGCUGCAGUUUCUUUUACUUUUUGAAGAGUCGGUGCCGUGUCAAUGCAUGAUGUCUAUGUGCCUUCAGCCUGCAAAUACAAGAAGAAACAAACUAGGAAAAAAAAUAUCGGAAUGGGAUUCUUGUCCGCUGGUUCCGAUGUUUGUUUCAACAUAGUGCAGGUGAUAUAAUACCUAUAUAUUCAUGCUAAUCACGUUCCUUUGUCUCUCUUAGCGUACUUUUUCUGCAAUCUGCAAAUCAAAUACCUUUGAUAGUUUUUCUUUUUUCUUUUAUCUUUUUAAGUAGCUGUGUAAAUCACAUAUGCCUGGUGAUUGCUGUUUUUAUUUGUUAGCUUGGCCGCUUAUGCGGUCAAUGUAAGCAAGGGUGAAAAGAACGGAAUUUUUUGGAUGGUUAUGUAAAUAAUACUCGUCGAAUUUUUACAUUUAAGUUUGUUUUUGUUGAUACUCGUUUUGGUUA